UACCCACCCCCUCCUUCAUCCCACCCUACCCUACCCUACCCCAUCCAACCACCCCACCUCCCCUCCGCUCCCUCCACACCCCCCCUCUCCUCCUUUUAGCAUCUGAAAAGACCACUGAGUGAGAAUCGAUGGCGCAGAGGCCCGCUUGACAGGACAAUAAACCACAAAGAAGGGCCUCUCCGCCGGCUUCCUGCACCGUGAGACGCAGCGAUGCUCCUUCCGAGGGAGGCGUCUUCUCCGCCGUCCCGCCGUCUCCUCGGCCUCCUGGCACCGCCGUCCGCCCGCCUCCAGACACCGAAGCCCGGCCACGGCUUCCCAUGAGGCGACCACCAGAACUCAACGUCGACCGCUCUGUAUGGGGCCUCUCACAUAUGAAUUGACAUGGAGGAUGAAGAUGGGACUUGUCUACUUGAUGUUUUGUGUGACCCCCAAGCCCUGAACGACUUCCUUCAUGGGACCAAUGAGCUGCAGCCUGAAGACUUGCUCAUUAACUCCUCCUCUGGGGAGCCCUCCCUCUUCACAGACGCCCCGAGUCCCGUCUCCCUGCUGGGAGAUGGCGGCGACUCCCCAGACACGCCUCCACCUGGGUGUGUGGAUCUGUCGUUCCUGGAGGAGGCCCUCCUGUCAUCUCCGGAGGGCGGGGGAGACCCGCAGGAGGCGCAGCGCGGGCCGCCUGCGGAGGCCGACCGCGAGGCGAAGAAGGGAGAGGUGGAGGAAGUGGCGGAGGCGGAGGUGGCCUGCGACAUCCUCCAGCAGAGCCUGCAGGAGGCGGAGAUCACGGAGCAGACCAUGGCCCUGGAAGCAGGUCUGGCGCAAGCAGGAGACAGCCUGUCUCUGUACUCCCCCGCUCCUCUCCUCCCUCCCCCGGCCGUCCCCUUCAUACACAAGUCUGUGACCUUACCCCUCACCCCCGCCCUGCCCAGAGACACCCAGGCGGCCGUGGAGCCCCCCCAGCCCUCCCUGCUGGCCGUGGGGCCGGGGUGUCCUUCUCUGAAACCCGCGGCUCCUCCACAGCUGAUGGGACUCCUGCCUGGAAACGUGUUCCCUGCUCCUUCUCCAGAGACCUCCUUCUCUCUGAGUCCUGCCCAGGCCUCCAGUAUGAUCAUCCACAAGGCUGUUCCCAGCGUCACCAGUCGGCCCCUCAUCACCCCCACGCUGAGGGCGGCGGCGGCGGCGGCUGCGGCGGCCGCUCCGGGCAUCGUCCUGCAGCGCGCCCCUCUCCCCAUCCAACCCAAGCUGCCCAUCAGCAUCCAGCCCAGACUGGUUCAGAUUAGCCCCAAGCCUUCCGGGCAGAAACCCACUCCCGGUCUCACGUUCGUCCCUGGGUCCGCCUCGCCAAAUAUUUUGCUGUCCCACGCCCCGGGCCAGAAGACGGUGGCUCCGCCGCAGCAGCCCAGCCAGCAGAUCCACAAACAAGUCAGCCUGCAGCUGGUCAACCAGGGCGGCUCCUUCGUGCUCCAGCCUCAGGGACUCUUCCAAGGCCAAAACCAGUUCCUUCUUCCAGGCCAGUGCCCUGUUACGAUUUCACAGCCCGCCAGUGCGGCUCGGCCGCUGCUGACGUCCAGCCACCAGGGCCCGUCGGUCCACGGCGUGACGUCCUCCACCGGGCAGCUCGUGGACGGCUCUCAGAUCCUAACCGUGCCCCAAAGACAGCUGAACUUCAGCCCCGUCUUCACCACCCCCACAGGGCAGCUAGCGCUCCGCCAGGCCACUGUGCUUUCAGGACCUUUGCAGCUGCAGUCAGCGCCUGCUACUGUCUUCCAGAUGCCGGCACAGCUGGCUGGAACCUACACCCCAGGAGGGCAGGGGCAGCGUGCCACCCUGGUCCACAGUCCCGCUCUAGGAAACCACAUUACCCUGAUCAACAGUUCAGGGGUGCUUCCCCCGGAUCUCACUUCCAUCUCGAUCGUGAACGGCCCCUCGGUGGUUCAGGGGCUGCCUUUCGCCGCCCAGGCCCCGGCCCCGGCCCCGGCUCCUCAGGCGGGGGUGACUGAGGGGCAGCUGAGCCUCCAGCAGGCCUCUGUGGUGCUGCUGCCCGAGAGAGCUGUUCAAGAAGAGAGGAGCAGCCCGGAGGAGACGUUCCACCAGCUGCCACAGCCCUACGGACACGUUCUCCAGCACGUCUCCGUGCAGCCGCCGCCCCCCGCGGCCCUGCAGGCUUCGCCGCCCCCCAUCGUCACCGUCCUGCAGCCGCCCCCCAAGCCGCCGCUGGCCCCCGAUCCAGCUGCGGAGCUGCCCAAGCUCCUGAUGCCCCCGGCCGACGUGACGCAAGCCGCGGACGAGGCGAACCACUCGCUGAGUCAGAACCAAGCCUUUAUGCAACAUCUGCAACAGCAAGCACUUAGUUCUCCCCUCACCUCCGACCUGCUGGCUGCUUCUCUGCCGGUGGUUCCCCUGGAGUCGCUCUCCUCCCCGGUCCCUGGCGACGGAGAGAACCAGCCUCUGGUCUCCGGUCCGGACGCCCACACCCUGAUGUCAGACCAGUGUCUGGAGGUCUCUCCUCUUCACUCGGACCCCGAGGACGCCGCGGCGAUCUGCUCCCCCCCCCUGAGCCAGGCCCUCUCUUCUCCUCCUCCUCCUCCUCUUCCGGCCGCCUCCCAGACGGCUCCGCCCGGGGCCGAGAGCUCGAGGACGGCGGCCCCUCCGCCCCUCGUCGAGCCUCAAGUCCAGUACCAGGUCCAGGUCCCGCAUCAGCUCCAGUUUGCCCAGAACCCCGUGCAGAUCCAGUUGUCCGCCCCCCAGUCUCCGCCACAGGUCCAGGCCUCCCAGGUUCAGGUCCAGCUUCCCGCCUCCCAGCCUCAGUCCUCCACCCGUGCUUCAGUCCACAGCAGCCCCCCGCCUCCGCCUCCGCCUCCGCCUCCGCCUGUCAGUGUCUCCGUGCCUCAGCAGCAGCCUCCUCCUCCACCUCCUCCUCCCACGGCUGCGCCCGCUGUCCUCUCCAAAGGAGGAGACGACGCCGCUGUCCAACAGCACACACAACAGAACAAGCCGACAGCUGCCUUGGCCGUAGAGAGCAAAGCGUUUGCUCUCGAUGUCCAUCCGCCCUCUCCUGCACCCCAGGCAGCCCAAGUUCACGGGCCCCCAGCUCCUAUGGAGUGUCCCCCCAUCCAGACCAGCCAGCAGAGCAGCACUUCAAGUCCAGUUCAUUUAAGACUGGCAGGUCCUCCGAAGCCGCAGAGGGAGGAGAGGCUCACACCAGCAAUGCGCAGGCACAGGUUCCAGCAGCAGCUCUGUCUGGAUCACGGAGCGGUGCAGAACCCGUUCACCGGCCCGGCCUUCUCCACGCUGAAGGACGCCGUCAGACGCCUGCUGCCUUAUCACACCUGCGCAGGUCACCUGCCCACUCAGGAUGACUUCAGUUUAGUGGACCAGGAGUUUGACACCGUGACCGGGUUCCUGCUGAAGCGCACCAAGGACAUGGUCAACAAAUACCGGCAGCUACUGGUUAGAGAAGCGCAGCAGGAGAGUCCGUCGGCGGAGAUGGUGAUGCUGGAGCGUCUCUUCCUCCAGGCCGAGCGCUACACGUUAGCGGAGGACAGGCGGCGAGCUCGCAGAGACCCGGAGUCAUUCAUGUCGUCCCUGGCUGCGUCUGCAUCUUCCCCCCACGGCGCCCACUCCUCCGGCCCCGCCCACCUGUGCUCCUCGGGCAGCCCCUCCUCCCCGCCGGCCUGGACGCGCCUCUCCGACCGGCCGCCCGGACUGAAGACGUACCGCUCCAGCUCCCGCGGCGCCCUCCGACUCACCAUCAAGCACGAGUCGGGCUCCCGGAAGGUGAUCCACAACUCGGCGUGCGACCCGGGGCUGAAGCGGGACCACACGGGGCAGCAGCUGACCAACGGCGAGCGGACCGACGGGGCCGCCCCCCAGCGACCUCGGCCCGACGAGGAGAUGUCAAACGGGGCUCCGCCCGCUGACCCCGUAGAGAAAGCCCAACACGUGGAAGAUCCCAAAAUAAAACACCCUCUUUCUAUGCCAGAGCCGCAGGGGGUUUGCUUCGCUCCCAGAGACGUCAGCGCCCCGAAACUGAAAUGUUACCGGCUGGACGCGUCACCUCGGACGGAGCAGCAGCAGCAGCAGCAGCAGCAGCAGCAGCAGCAGCAGCAGCAGCUCAGCCCGGCGCCUCCACCCCUCCAAGAGGACAACAUGCUCAGCGAACAUCUACAGAGUGCCAUCGACAGCAUCCUGGAGCUCCAGCGCCUGCAGGGCCCCUCCGCCGCCGCCGCCCCAGCCAGGGCCACGUCAGGCCCUUCACUGGACCAGGCUGUCACCAGCAUCCUGGAGGGACACCUGUGAGGUAAUCCACCCCGACAGACGUCCCCCAGAUAACAACAAAACAAACAAAAAAAAAAAAAAAACAUCCGUCUGAGAUGAAGGCGUCGUAGACUUUACCAUCUGCUCCCGGAAGGAGUUCAGAGUUUUACAUUUAAAGAUUGUUUGAAAGAAAAACACGAAGAGGCACUAUGAAGAGAUGCAUACCAGACAACAGCACUAUCUAUAGUCCCAUAGGUGUUAGAUACUUCAUUUUGAUGUGCGUUUGUGGAAAAAACAAAAAAAAUCUAUUUGAAUAGGAGCUAUAUUGUUUCAGUGGUAGUCAAGUCAUUCAGAGGUUUACGACACUGGUGUUAACCUUCAUCAGCAUAUAGUAUAUAAGUAAUAGUGAGGACAACGAACACGUGGAGUAGACUUGAGAUUAUUCAAUAGUUUUUUAUAAGAUUUCUUUGAAGGAGUGGGAGGGACGGGGGGGAUAAAAAAAAAAAUAAUGUGAAGUUUCUUUUGCAUAGUGCCAAGCUUCCAGGGUAUUUAUUUUUUUGAUAAUCUGUGCCAAUCGUGUUUGGUUUUUCUUUGCAACGCGUGAGGAACGAGUGUGUUUUUUUUUUUUUAAUUUUUAGUUUGAGUGCGCGCGCGAACGACUUCCUGAGACGGGACCGAACAAACACACACAUGUUAAAAAAAACAAACAAAAAAAAAAAGAUCCCGCAGGUUCAUUCAUCAUCACCAUCAUCAUCUCGGCGUCAAUGAAUGAAACUCCAAAGAAUUUGUGACUCGCUUCGUCCUGAAUACACCAGCAAACGUCCGUGUCGUGUCUCAUCCUGCAGAACUGGAGUCGAACCCAGAGAAAAAAAAACAAAAAAAAAAAAAAAAAACACACACACACACACUUUAGGCAGUUGUUUUAUUUAUUUAUUUUAAAGUUGCUGUCACUCGAACUGUGAAAUAUUUCUGUUUUUCAGAGAAUGAUUUCCCACUCUGUGUGUAUUAACAUGCAAGCAAUAAUAAGUUGUUAGGAAGCAGCGGUGGUGGUGGUGGUGGUGGUGCAGGGAGGAGGAGGAGGGAGGUCUUGGCCUGUUCUUUAGCUCAUCACCGUCCUUGGAUGAUUGUUUUUCCAGGAAUGAGAGAUGCUCAGUUAGUCAUCGAAGCCCCGUGUACUUUAGAGUUUCUGACGUGUCCGAAGGGCUUCGUGGUGACGGCGUCGAUGACCAUUAAAUAGAAAAUAAUUAAAAAAAAAAAACAAAAAAAAAACGUCAAAAACUAGCCUCUCUGCAUCGUCGGACAGCCUUUGACCAAAAAACUAGAGGAAUCAUCCGCUUUUAUUUAUUUAUUUGUUAUUAUUAUUUGGUUUGUAGCCUGCCAUACCGAAGCCGAAGAUUUAUUGUUUUCAAUGAUUUCAGCCGUUGUGGAGCAAUAUGAUUUAUUUUAUUUUACUUACGUGACAAUCUGUACGAAAAUGUGAAUUCUGUUGUGCAAAAAUGUUCCUUGUAGAUGAUUUUUACCUUGAAGGUUAAAACUGACUUUUAUUUUAUUGUUAUUGUUUUAUUUUUUUUUGUGAUGUAAAUUCAAAAGAAAAAAAAAAAUAAUUAAGAAGUGCUUCAAAAUGUUGCUGUUAAUUGGAAAAUGCCUUAUCGUUAGUUCAGCGUACCUUUAAGGAAAAGGGAUCUGCAAAGGAGAGAUAAUUCGUGUGAUGUUUCGGAUACUCCAACACAAAAAAAAAAAAAAAGAAAAACAAACAGAGAUUUGGGGCUAAAUCAAACAGGCUCAUUUCUUGAAUUAUUUCUUUCUUUUACGUGUAAAAAUCAUCUUUUGUUUUAACGAACAAAAGGAGUUAUAAUAUGCAGUAAUUUAGUGUUGAAACUCUCUGCCGGUGGAAACACAACAGGAGGAUUCAUUGAGAAGUCUUGCUAAAUGUUGAUUAUGCUAACCAUAAAGCUAGCGGACACUUAGCUUAGCAUAAGGGCUCCUCUUGUGUUACUCAGAGCCUCAUAAGGCCCAGCUUGAAAAGUUCCGUACACAAACUCAAAAGUUCAGUUUGUUAAAAUCUGCUUACCAGCACCGCUAAAGCCAUGUUUGCAUGCUAUAUGCUAAGCUAACUGAAAGAAUUUGUCCCAAAAGAAGGUUUUGGGACAAAGAAGUUGUCAAAAAGCAUCUGGGUUCACAGGUUCCAGUGUUGUAACCGUGAGCUUGCCAGUUCAAUUUGAAGGUAGCAUUAAAACCAGCGCUGUUUGCAUGCUAUAUGCUAAGCUAGUCAAAAAAAGUUUGCUCCAAAACAAAAAUAGCAAGCAUAUCUAAAAAUGUAUAAAUCCCCCUAUUUUAUUAUCAUUAUUGCUAAAUAAUGUUGAGUGAUUCUACUUUUACCGCCAUGUUUGGAGGCUAGGUGCUAAGCUAGUUACAAAUUUGUCCCAAAACAACAAAAGCACAUCACACUUCUGAGCACAUCUUACAAAGUAGAAGCAUUUCCAAGCGUUUCUUACGACAAGUUAAAUUGAUUCAAAUUUUACAUUGCAUUUUUUGCUAACUAUAAAGCAAGCUAGCAGCCAUAUGAGAGUGUGAGAGAACUACAAAUAUGGCGAAACAGAUCAUAUGCCGCUUUCCAAUGUGGGGUUUGUUCAUCUUCCCGUCCACUUGAAGGCAGCUACAGUCAUGUUUGCAGGCUAUAUGCUAAGCUAAGCUAAAUGCCUAUUUAUCCCAAAUCUGUGUUUCUCGUGAAAAGUUAGAUUGAUUCAACUAUAAAGCUAGCAGCUACUUAGCAUGAGCACUACAAAUAUGGUAAAAGAGGUUAUAUGCUGCAUUCAGAUGCCCUCUUGUUGGCAUUCACAGUCUCGUGAGUGAACAUUUCCAAAAAGCUACAGCCAUUUUUGUAGGCUAUAUGCUAAGUUAAUCGCAAAUUUGCCCUAAAAUGACAAAAAAGACAUUACAUUUUACAAAAUGCAAGAACUUCCAAGUGAAAAAAAGUUAGAUUGAUAACAUGAAUUUAUGCUAACUAUAAAGCUAGCUGCUACUUAGCAUGAGAACUACAAACAUGGUGUAAGAGGUUGUUUGCUGCAUUUAGAUGUAUUCUCAGACUUUUAAGCGGGAAUUUCCGAGCUCAGUGAAAGCUCCCGACUUCCAGCACGACUAAAGCCAUGUUUGCAGGCUAAAUGCUAAGCUAAUCGCCGAUCCCAAAAGCAAGCGUAUCUGAAAAAUGAAAUCAUCCCCAGGUGUGUUUCCACCCUCCCCGGAGGUUUCUCUGUAAUGCAGUAAAGAUGUCAGAGUGCCAGGAUUGCGCUCUCUUCGUCACCGCUAAACUUCUUAAAAAGGGGAAUUCCACCAAAAUUUGCUAGAAAGUAUUUCCCAAAGCUUUGUCCUCGUUAAUAAUUCACUCGAGAUGAGAAGAAAAAAAAAAAAAGUCAACUUUGGUGGAAUCCCCUUCGACGAAGCAGCCGCCUCAUGUGCCAUUGUUAUCGUUGCAGUGUCGAACACUGACCAUUAGAAGGUGUCCUUAGUUUUGUUAGCGUCGUAGGACAAAGAGAUUCUGCAUGUCGAGCCGUUAUCUUUUGUUUUUUUUUUUUAAAUUUAUUUGUAAAUGUGCUUUAUUUAAUUUUCCUGACUGAACUGUGAAACCAGGGGAGCUCAUAACUAAUUCAGAUACAAAAAAAACAUUUGACUGACAGAUUGUUCUGAUGCCAAAAUCAAGAGGCCUUAAUUCAGCAAAACUAGAUUGUAAAAAAAAAAAGAAAAAAAAAAAGAA